GACCCAAACCGCUUCUGCUGCGCAGGAGCCCCGGCUCCCGCUCGGCGGAGACCGCAGACCGAGAGCACCUUGCCUGCCCCACAGGGACCCAGGAUGCUGAGCUGCGACCAUCACUGCGGCUGUAGCCGAGGCCCCAACGUGGAAGAUGGCAAGUGGUAUGGGGUCCGUUCCUAUCUGCACCUCUUCUAUGAGGACUGUGCAGGUACUGCCCUCAGCGAUGACCCUGAGGGCCAUCCUGUCUUGUGCCCUCGCCAUACUUGGCCCUCACUGUGCUGGAAGAUCAGCUUAUCCUCUGGGACCCUGCUUCUGGUGCUGGGUGUGGCAGCCCUGACCACUGGCUAUGCAGUACCCCCCAAGCUGGAGGGCAUCGGAGAGGGCGAGUUCCUGGUUUUGGAUCAGCGGGCAGCUGACUACAACCGGGCUCUGAGCAUCUGCCGCCUGGCAGGCACAGCGCUCUGCAUGGCGGCUGGGAUCCUGCUGGCCGUCUGCCUGUUCUGGGCCAUGACUGGCUGGCUGGGCCAGGACACCAAGGCAGAACCUUUGGACACUGAAGGCGACAGCCAUGUGGAGGUCUUUGGGGAUGAGCUGGAACAGCAGCUGUCCCCCAUCUUCCGAGAUGCCAGUGGCACGUCUUGGUUCUCACCACCUGCCAGCCACUUUGGGCAGUCCUCUGUGCAGACCAUCCAGCCCAAGCGGGACUUUUGAGAUGCCCAGAGGAGGAGCCAGACUGGGGUCUGGACCCUUCUUCCUCCCCCCACCACCCCAUGCCCCCCCCCCCUCCCGUCCCCUUAACUUCUCCCUUUCAGUGGGGCCCUUCUGUCUAAGGCUCCAGAAGCCCCAACUCUAGGUUAGAAAAGUUUGGAGCUCUCAUUUCCGGGUCCCUUUCCAGGGAGAGGGCCCUACCUCAUCCAAAAUGCCAACCUUCCCCAAGUCCUCCUAAAACGUCCCACCCACCCCUCCUUUCCAGGGCCAUUCAGGGGCAGAAAGCUUUCCCCUCAGCCCCACUCUUUCCUCUCUAUGACCUUAGGCGAGGCUUACCCUUUCAGACCAUCAGUUCCUGCCUCUGUAUAAUGCAGGGUUUGGACCAGAGUCUAGAGUUCCAAGAUGCUCUUUUUCUCCCCGGGAUAUAAGUAUUACCCUCCAUAGGCAAAUAUAGGGGGAGGGGUAGCAGGGUCAUUCUCAGCCACUGACCCCCUCCCUCUGUCAGCUGCACCAGGAUGCCUCAGGAUGGGCCAGAGAUGUCAUCUGGACCAGGAUGGUGUGAAACCAUUUGCUCCCUACAGUAUGUUUUCUACAUGCAUUUGGGCAUCAGAUCCCCUCUGUCCACCCCGCCGUGAGCUAUUAUUAGCCCCAGUUAACAGAUGAGCUGGUUGAGGGAGACGGGGCAGUCUGCAGGAACUCGGAACCACAUCUUUAGACUCCCGGGACAGAUCUUGUUCUACAGCUGGAACAGGACCCCACACCUUCCCGGCUUCUAGGGGACACCCUCCCCCAAGGGUGGCACAGGUCCAGCCCAGAGGGACUUGCUGGUGACUCAGGAGAUACUUUGGACGUGCAUUUAAAUGGCUUCUGAGAGGCAGGGGCAAGAGAACUGGGAUGUUUUUGCCCAUUAGAGCCCAGAAAUUAUCACCCACAGGUCCUGACCUCAUCCUGUAACCAAUGUGCCCUCCUGGAGGCCUCAGCCCCUUCAUCCUGGAGGCUCCCCAGCCAUAUGCAUCAUGUCUGUUCUCUACCACUAGGGGGAGCUCCAAGCCAGCGGGAGAGGGGUGCGCAGGGCCCCAGCCUCUACCAUCCCCCGCCUUCACUCUGGGAAGGAGGGAAGAGGGGAGGGGGCGGGGAGGCGGGCGUGUUCCUGGAAGGGUCGUCCGUCUUCUCCACCAGGCGGCCCUUGCUGUCUUUGUGCCAGAGCCCACUCCCCAUCGUGCACCCUUCCACCCCACCUUCCCUUUCAAUAAACAGCUAGGAUGGAUACUGA